AUGCAACGUCUAAAUCCUCGUGAAAUUGGUAAAGGCAAUUUUGGUACUGUCUAUCAUGCUUUAUACAAAGGUACUCGUGAUGUCGCAUUAAAAACAUUGAAUACACAAAAUGAAAGUGCAUCAGCAUCUUCAUUUAAUAAUGAUGAUGAAAGUAUACAUGAAUUACUUUCUGAAGCAAAUAUAAUGACGCAACUAAAACAUCCAAAUCUUUUACGUAUACUUGGUGUUACAUUUUUUGGAGAUAAAAAACAAUUGAGUUUAGUGACGGAAUUUAUGAGAAAUGGUUCAUUAUUAGAUUAUUUGAGAAAAUAUCGAGAAAUAUUUUUAAAAGCAGAUUCACGGAAUAUUACAACGAAAUUAAAUGAAUUUGGAAGACAAAUAUUUGAAGCUAUGCUAUAUUUAGAAGAAAGAAAUAUCAUACACCGAGAUUUAGCGGCAAGAAAUUGUUUAAUUGGCCAAGAUGAUUCACUUAAAGUUGGAGAUUUUGGUUUAACAACAUUAACUGAUUGUGGUUUAUACAAAGGUACAGAUCGUACUAUAUGUGCUCCACGUUGGACAUCACCUGAAGCGUUAUUUUCAUCGAAAUAUUCUUCUCGUUCAGAUGUCUGGAGUUAUGGCAUAACUCUUUGGGAAGUCUAUUCACUGGGUGAACGACCUUUUGGAAGUAUCAAUAAUUUUGCUGUCCAAGUUAUUUUAAAAAACUCUUCAGAAAAUCUUAGUCGUCAUCUUCCACAACCAAAACAGUUUGGCUCUAGUGAAAUAUAUACACAUAUUAUUCUUUCUUGUUUAAUAUUUGAUGUUGUAAAGCGCCCACGUUUUCGCGAUUUAAAAGAACGCAUUUCAAAUAUUCUUAUAGAAAAAGAUUAA